AUGCGUACUACACUAGAGUUGCGAGACCUUGUGCGCUUCUACCCGAAGCGUGGCAAUCGCACGCUCGUCGACCGCGGCCUGCUGGUUUCGUACACCGGGGAGGACCGCACAUGCACGCUGCUCCGCCUCGACGGCACGCUGGUGACCAAGAAGGUUGAUGACAUCGCCGUCGUCGACAGAAGCUCCAUCCACGUCGGCCAGAUGGUCGGGUCGGCGUCGGACGUCGGUGGCCAGAUCGGCGUCGUCACCGGCUUCACCACCGAUCUCCACCUCGUCCAGCUCAACGAACGUGGGGGCGCGACGAAGAACCAGAUCCUGGGGGUGUCGCCGGCUGGCCUGCGACGCGUCAGAGCACUCAGCCUCGGCGACUACGUCUUGUCCGGAUCAUGGCUGGGCCGGGUGGUCGCCGUGCCUCUGGACGUCGACGUCUUGUUCCAUGACGGCGCCGUCUGCAGGGUCACCCAUCUGGAGUCCCAGAGGUUAAAAUCGGCGACAAAUAAACAUGCCUAUCAUAUCCCCGAGACGAACGUCGCCUUCUACCCGGGGGAGCGCGUCACUGCCAAGGACGGCUCCGCCACCGUCUUCAAAGGAUCGCGAUGGCUAAGCGGCCGCUGGAAGCCGGAGCACGAAAUAGGCACGGUGGCCAACGUGGAGAUGGCCGGCGUCUUCGUUUACUGGAUCGCGUCGGCGCAACACGGCACCAAGCAACAGCUGGUCCAGGAGUCCGCUCCGCCGCCUUACCAGCAGCCCGACAGUCUCGCUUACCUCUGCUCUGCGCCCGAUUGCAGCUGGCGGCUGGGCGACCGCUGCUUUCUUCUUAGUGAUGAGCAGCAGCACAUAAGUUCAUUGCAGGCGCACUCGGCCCUGCUGCCCACCAUGACCGUUGCCAACAGCAACACCACCGUCGACGUGCUGUGGCAGGACGGCACGCGGCAGUAUGGGGCUAGAUCAACGUCACUCAGCCCCUACGACUUCAUCAUGGAGCACGACUUCUUUCCUGGGCAGUGCGUUGUUUAUGGUGUUGCCGGAGAUGGCGUGGGUGCUGCCAAUGGAUCAACGAGGCGUGUCGGUGUUGUCAGAAGCCUGAAUUCCAAGGACCAAACGGUGCACGUGUCGUGGUUCAAGGCGGCGUCGACGCGGCCCGACGGGGAGGCCAGCGGCUUGGAGGUCGAGUGUGACGAUACCGUGAGCGCAUAUGAUCUGGGCAGGGACCCUGACCACUCUGUUCUCCACGGAGACGUCGUUGUUCGUGUGCUAUCAAGCGUCAUCGAGAGCACACCAGCAGCGCAGCAAAUACCACAUGCCAAGAGCGCCUCCGCGGAUCUGCCAUGGGUCGGGCGCGUUGUUGACCUGAAUGACGGCCACGUCCAAGUCAAGUGGAGUGACGGCAGCACGUCACUGGUGUUCCCCCAUGAGAUCAGUGUCGCCAACAAGGAGCACUACACACAACUGUACGCUGAAAUGUAUGGCUGGGAGUGGGACGAGGAGGAGGACGACGACGACGAUGUCGGUGCUCCUCCAGAGUUUGAUGCUGCCAACGUGGUCAAUGGUCCACAUGAUCCAGCAGAUGCUAGAAACAUAGAAGGUGGUGACUGUUCUGUGAACGAACUAGAUGGCCCUGCUGCAACCACGCAGAAUGUGGAAGCGCCCACGCUUGUAUCCACGGUUAGUCAUGAGGACCCUAACGUUGGUGGCGCCGUCGUGGAGGUUGGCCUUGCUGAUCCAGUGGAAAGAAGCGAUGCAAGUGUCAAUGAUAGCAAUGACGACUCUGUCGAUGAUGUGGUGAUCAAGGCCAAGGAUGCCAUUGGGGAUGACGGCCCGUUUAAGUUCCCAAACUUCGACGUGCUCAAGAGUCCCCCGGAUCAUCAUUACCUUGACACGGCGGAUCAGGGCAGCAGCGGCGGAAAGGAGUGGGUAAAAACAGUGCAGAAGGAGUGGAAGAUACUACAGGACAACUUGCCAGAGACAAUCUAUGUACGGGCGUUCGAGGACCAUAUAGACCUGCUCCAGGUGGCGAUGGUGGGUGCGAGCGGAACGCCUUACCAGGAUGGGCUCUUCUUCUUCGACCUGCAGCUACCGUUGUCCUACCCGAACGUGCCACCGCAGGUGUACUACCACUCCUUCGGUAACCGUCUGAACCCAAACUUGUAUGCCUCUGGCACGGUGUGCCUCAGCCUGCUCAACACUUUCGAUGGUGAGGGCACCGAGGUCUGGGUGCCAGGGACGUCGAGCCUCCUCCAGGUCGUCGUCUCCCUCCAGGCCCUCGUCCUCAACGACCAGCCCUACUACAACGAGGCCAACUAUGAGCACCUCGUCGGCACGCCACAGGGCCACCGCCACGCAUUGCCUUACAACGAGAACGCCUUCUUGCUCACUCUUCGGACCAUGCUCCAUCUGUUGCGCCGACCGCCGCGGGGCUUCGAGGGGUUCAUUAGGGACCACUUCCGUCGACGCGGGAGAUACAUCCUUGCAACGUGUGAAGCAUACCUGCAGGGAUGCGUGCCCGCCGAUCAUGGGAGGAUGGAGUUGUCGUGCUCCACCGGCUUAAGGAUCGCGCUUGACAAUGUCUUGCCCAGGCUCCGGGCAGCGUUCACGCAGCUUGGCGACGAAGGGAGCUACCAAUGCACUGCCAGCAGUCAUCAACAUCCGACAAAUAUCCUCGUAUGA